UGUGACAGGCAAUGAAAGAAACAGGAAGGAAACAUGUCCAAGCUCACUGCAUUUCACACACAACCUCUGCUAUGAGCCUCGCUGUGGCUAAGAAAGUUCACAACAACCCUUUAAUGGGAACGGCAGCGACAGCUUUUCACUGAAUGUGUCAAACAGGCGUCGGCUGAGGCGCACAGACCGGAGGCCUCCCACCAAACAGAAGCCUGAGCCAAACCAAAAUGAAUCUGAACAACACUACUCCCUAUAUACCACCCUCAAACAACAAACCUGGCUUUCCUGGCAACUACGCUCUUAUCCCUGUUUUCGUUUUACCACUGAUUGGAUGUAUAGUUGCAGUGGUUUUUUACAUCAAAAGAAGAUCAAGAUUAGAUGAACUUCGCCACCGGCUGAUUCCUCUGUACAGCUACGAUCCUGCUGAGGAUCAGGAUGAGUGGGGCGAAUCGGGGAGAGAGGAUGAGGAGGCCGAGCUAGCUGAACCUUUGUACAAGAAGGGACAACUCUCCUUAACACCCGGCCACAGCGCGUGAGCCAGAAAUCAAGAUGAAUUCCAACAGGAAAUGAAACCUUCCUUUACGGUUCACAGCAUGGACUUAAAAAAGACUGCCUUUUGCCAAAGUAUACUGAUAAAUCCUUUACCUUUGCUUAAUGGUGCUCAUUGUUCCGUAUCGAACACCAGAUGGCACUGUGGUACACAUCAUGAUAAAGCUUUUUUUUUCCUUUUCCUUUUUAAACCACAGGAUGGUAAAAAUGAGCAGACUGAAUGUCAUUUCAAAGCAAUAAACUCAAAACUAAUAUCCAGUUUCGCUGUAAUUUGUUACGCUUGUGCGUGUUUUUUUGUUUUGGUUUGUGUGGAUUUCCAAUUAAAUAGCAGCUGGGGUUUAAAGGCACACCUGAUGGUGAUUGGUAAUCAGAGGCUUUGCUGUGGAGACUUUCACCUCACGCCCUGAACGAAAGGAUGGGAUCACAACAGAGGAACAACAGCUGUGGGGACGUCCACCGGUCAGCCCCGCUGUGGUCCCACCUGAUGGUCAUCCUUCUGGCGUCUGCCCUCGUCCUGCCGGCCCUGUCCCUGGACGGCCUGCUGUGCUACUUCUGUCCCCUGCAGGACAAGAAGCACUCGUGUCCGAACAUCACCAGCCAGUGCCUGCCGUCCCAGCGCUGCUCCAGGUCCAGCGGUCACUACGGCGCCUUCCACAUGCUGACCGCCCAGGGCUGCGUGGAUGCUGACCUCUGCGGCUCCUACCAGCUGCUCUUUCAUAGAGGAGUUGAGUUCAACGUCAGUCACACCUGCUGCUGCAAAGACAAAUGCAACACCGUGCCCAAACCUGAGAGUUACCUGAAAAAGCUACUGGGGAUGACCGAAGCUAAAUUGGAUAACGCCACCACAAAUGUUCAAGUAGAAGAGCCUUGGGAUUCAUGUGUAAACUACACUUUAUCUCCAACUGUUCUGUCUGCCUUUCUGUAGAAUAAGUGUUUAAGGCUGGGGGGUGGCUUGUUAGCCAUCAAGUCUCAAUUGUGACUAACAUUUAGUCAAAUGUUUGUACUUUUGUAAUUUAAUUUGGCAAUAUUUUUAUAUGCAAUUAAGAGGGAAAAAUCUGUGAAAUGUGUAGGAUGUCUUUAAAAAAAAGAGGGUGGGCUGGUUAACCACCCUCUUAGUGUUAAUAAGUAAAUGCUGGCAUCUGUAGGUACUGAUGAAUGUUCCAGAAUAAAGACUCCAUGAUUAAGUUCCCACUUGGUGUAGUUGCGUGUUACAUGCAGGUGUGCUGGCAGGUGGAGCUUGUCUUAAGAAGAUCUCAGUCAGUAAUGCAACUACAAUUCAUUCAGAGUGUUCUGAGAAGCUCUCUCUGAUUAGAUUUCAAAUCUUUAAGAUGAAUUGGAGUGUGUUGCAGCUCCUGCAGGUCGUGGCGUGGCUCUGCCCUCUCCUGCCUCCACUGCUCUGUGAAAACCUGCUGUGCUUCUACAGCCCCAUCCUGGAGAUUGAGAAGACGUUUGAACUCAUCGUGACAGAGUGUCCUCCUAAUGAGGUGUGCUUCAAGGCGGCGGGUCGCUACGGCAACUACACUGCCCUGUCGGCCAGGGGCUGCCUGCUGGAGGAACGCUGCAGCCGGCAGUACAGCCUCCGCCUCAAAGGCACGGCCUACGCCAUGAGCUACAGCUGCUGUGACCGGCCGUACUGUAACGCGGGCUCCCCGCUCAGACCCCUGUACCCCACAGUGAUGUUUGCAGCCAUCGCCACGGCUGCAUACACUUUGUGAUGAGAAAACGCUGCUAAUGGGCCUUUCUGAAGCCUUGCUGUGGAUUAAGGCCAAACGUCUGUGGAUGAAUGUGGUGAAAACCCAGUUUGACAACACUGAGGUUUGCACCAAUGUGAUGGCAGAUUUUACUUUUUUUUAUUCCUCAUAAUGCACAUAUUUAUCUGGUUUUAUUGUUAGGUCUUAAAAUAAAUUUUGGAUGAUAAA